AUGCCCUCAAAGCCCCUUCCAGACCCUGAUACGGUCAAAUACCCUUUGACUGAUUCUCAACUUCUCUUAUCCGUUUCAGAUGAUUCUCAUAGUCCUGAGACGAGUAUCAAAACUCCAUUUGCUUUGUACGUGGAGCAGUUUAGCCUCACCGGAGACUUAAAGAUUGAUAACCAACACGAUCCGCCCGGCAAUGGUUUCGGUAUUUUCACCAGCGAACUGUAUGGCCCGGAAGUAACACCGAAGGGCUGUAAAAUAGCCAUUUCUGGGAAGGGAGGUGAUGGAAAUCAUCCCAACGGAUAUGAUGGAGGAGAUCUUCAGAUCUAUGCGGAGCACAUUGAUCCUUCCGCUGCAGAGAAGCUUUCUUUCUACAGUGAUGGGGGUGCAGGGCUUAACCGUGAUGCCGUGACAGGACAGGACACUGGCCCUGCUGGUGGAAACGGGGGAAACGGAGGAAAGAUCACUGUGAUCAUAAGCAGCAAAUUCCAAGAGGCUUUUGAACUGUGCGUUCGAUUAUACAAGAAGCUACAGGACGAGAAACAAGUUUGGCCCCGAGAUCUGCAGAGCGAUGCCGACCUCCUAGUAGCAGUCGUCAAUCAGAAGGAGAUCGGAAAGGCAGUGAAGCUGCCUGACUCAGUGAAGACAAAGGAGUCGAUGCUCAAAACCUCAAGGGAAACGAUACAGAAUGAUAUCUAUGAACUAUUUGACAACCUCCAAACGGCACGCAACAACCUGACGGGUACCAUCCAACAACACAUUUCUGUGCAUGGUGGCUUAUACGGCACAGGCGGUAUGGGGACUAAAGCGCGCGGGCCCUCUGGCGCCCCUGGAAAAGUCGAAGUACCCCCACAGGUGUAUCGUCUCGAUCAAAAAGACAAGAUCCUUGACGGCAAUGUGUGCUUUGCGCAUCCUACACAGUGCCGAAUGCUGCUUGACAUGGGAAACCUUCUCUGGUUCUGUGGGACAAAAGAAGACAAGGCCAGGGCUUCUGUUAUUUUUAAUCGGCUUGCGAGAAGACUGGCAUUCUUGGGUGUCUCCGAGAAGGAGGCCAAGAUCUCUCAGACAAAGCUUGCGCAGGUAUACCGGGAUGCUGAGUCUUCCUUGUAUAUACUCAGCAACGGAGAUAAAACGCAAGAGCCCAUAUCCUUCAGUCUCCUGCGUGGUAUCAAAAACGAGGCUGAAGCCAACCUGGCCAGUCUGCUAUCUGGCAACAAUUCCUAUGGUAAAAGCCAGGAAAAUGUUCCCAGAGGCUCAUUCAAGUUCUACGAAGGCGCCAUCCGCCCCAUGAUAGAAACCCUGGAGAAAGCCGAAAAAACUUACCUCACCUUUCUACGAGGGGAGAUGGAUGCUCAGCAAAAGAAGGAGGCCAUUCGGGACCGACAGACCAAAUGCACCUUUCGCAAAGGCCUGGUCGACGAUCAAAUCAAGGAAGAGAAAAACAGCCUCACUGAUAAUUUCGACAGAAUACAGGUCUCCGACCAGUCUAUCAAACCGGCAAAGGAAAGCCUUUUAAGACAGUUUGACAAGGUGAAAGAUAAAAUCAAACUUUCCACCAGCGUUUCGUUUGACGACCUCAUGUCUGCUCUUUCCCAGAUCAUCUUUGUACACGGAUCUGCACCCAUGGUCAUUCUCCAAGGCGCAAAUUUGGCAAAUACAGCACUCACAAAGCUCGAGUCAGACAGUGGCAUUAAGGUCAAGAGAGAGCUUCUAUUGAGGGAAGUCAAGGAUAUGAGUGGAACGAUCGACGGACUUGGCGAAGGGUUCAAAGUUCUCAAGGAUGGCGGCGUCAAUUUUGAUGACCCAGGGGCAACCAAGCUACGUGUCGCUGCAGCAGAAAUGGAGAAGCUCCUAGGGGAAUUCCACGAUGUUCUUGGGGAUGAUAUGGUAAAGGAGGUCAAAAAAAGAUUCGAUGAUUACAUCGAGAUUGUCCAACAACGCAAUACAGCGGUAUUGGGGUAUACAAAAGCCGUGUCGUUGCUGAUCAAAUGCCAAACCGAACUUGACUCGCUCGCCGUUGAGCAGAUCGACAUCACUCGCCAGCGGUAUGACGAAUUGGGUGCAGAUCAUCCAACCAUGACAGCAUUCAUGAAAAAGCUAUACACCGACAGCAUACAUACAACACAAAACUGGCUGCACACGAUGCAACUGGCAUAUCAGUUCGUUGCUCUCGACAAGGAAAACUACAUCGGUAAGGCAAUGGAGGGCUUCAAGUUUUCUCAGUUCAAUGCCUCGACGUUGGGAAAUGUGUACAGCAAACUUUCCACCCAAUACACUUCGUACAAGGAAAGUAUGGGCCACAACCCUCAGACAUACAAGGAGCUGCCCUACACUAUCCCUGAUCGCUACGUCCGGUCCAUCAGGCUGGGAGGGAAAGAUGGAGUUGUACGCACGGUUCCGAUCCCAGUUGUUCCACCCACAGGAACUCCCAACCCUUUUGAUGGAAUGAUCGACAUUCGUCUACUAAAGGUCCGUGUGUUUCUGGAUGGUGCAAAGACGUCCAAUGGAUAUCUCGAUAUUACACUCAAACACCAGGGAACCGAGACAAUCUUGAACAGGGAUCACACUAGGUUUGAUUUCCAACACGCCCCUCUUCCCGUCAGGUUCAAGUAUAACAUGAAGAAUCCCCAUUAUCCAGACCACGACACAGUAGACGGGGAUAUAGGCUCGGCAACUGACGAGACAUAUUCAAAGGUUGAUCUCGUGCGCAAUGAUAGUAUCAGGAUUCAUAUGGAGGUGGACACCUCCUACUAG